CCCCGUGAAGCGAGGCCCCGCCCCCUGUGCCGCCACGUCUCUCUCGGGCGCCGCUCCCGUUCCCGCUCCCGGUGCAGCCCCGCCGGGCCAUGGCGUUCACGCUCUACUCGCUGCUGCAGGCCUCGCUCCUCAUCGUCAAUGCCGUGGCCGUGCUGCAUGAGGAGCGCUUCCUCCGCCACGUUGGCUGGGGAAGCGAUCAAGGGAUUGGAGGAUUUGGAGAGGAACCAGGAAUUAAAGCACAGCUGACAAACCUCAUUCGAUCAAUACGAACCGUUAUGAGAGUGCCAUUAAUAGCCCUGAACUCCAUCACAAUCAUUCUCCUCCUGUUGUUUGGCUGAAGACACCCUGUGGAAACCCUCAGGACAUCCAAAGAAGCCAGUUGCUGACCACCACUGCUCUGAGUUCCCUGGGAUCCAGCACGGUUUAGCUGUCAAUCUGACAUUCAACUUAAAAUAAUAAAAGACACUGUUCCUAUUUAUCCCAUUUCCUAAUGUUCCCUUGCAGUUUCAUUAAACAGGAUCACGGGAUCAAUGCAACAACGCUGCAAACACAUUGGACUGUGACCAGUUCUGUUGCUGCCUGUUCAUAGUGUUGAUUAAUUAUUAGAGUAAAUGUCAUAGGAUGUUGCAGUGACUGGCAAUGGGAUGCAGCUUUUAAAUGCUUUGUUACUCAGGGAUGAAUUUCCUUCAGUACGCUCUCCAAUUUGUUUUUAAAUUGAGGAAAAAUUUCAUGUCAUAAAGAAUGCUUGUUAUAAAGGUUUGAAGUCCAGCUGUGAUAUGGAGUGAGAUAAAAUCAGCUGGGUAAAGUCCUGAUUCAGGUUAACGUUGAAAGCUGACUUUUCCUGCUUUAAUUGGGGAUUUUUUGUCUUCAAAUCAGUAUUUCAUACUAUGGUAAAGUCAGUAGAAAAUGCAUGCAAUUGCAGUGCAAAAUUUAAAAAAAAAAUCUAAAAAUUAAGGAAAAAAAGCUGUACCUAAAGCUGAGUAACUCUGUGUUAACUUUGGGGAUAUUAGUGAUUAAUAUUUGUUACUUUUUCUGUCAAGAAUUGUUAUUAUACUUUUUAAAAUAUCUAUUAAACUUCUGCGUGGUGAUCACUGUGGUUAAAGUGGGGAACCAUUUGUAUUCUGAGCUUUGUGGGAAACGUGGGAGGGGAAUACCAUGGGAGGUGAAUACCCUGCGCUUUCCAAAUGCAUUUCUUUGGGAAAAACCCCGAAUUUGCAGCCUCUUCUGUUACUGCUCCUUCCCUUGCCCUCCAUCAUCAUCAUCAUCAUUUGUUAAAUUAACAGCUUUGAAAGUGCAACUUUGCAGUUCUGUGGAAGAGAAUGCUCCUAAUUGCUUUCCUACUGGUCUUGUCUCAAUUAAGACUGCUGAGUUAGGUCUGAAUUGGAAAAAGUGAUUCUCCUGUAUCUUCAUAGAGAAGUUAGAAUCCUUUGUCUGUUCUUCUGCUAAAGUGUUUGACUUUAUUUUAAAGAGGGAAGGCCAAAGGAAACCUGGAAGUUUCAUUAUUUUAAAGCAGCUUAGCCAAUCAUCUUUUCUCCCAAUGUCUUGAUGACUAAAGCAUAUGCUGUUGUAUAUGAAGAAGAAUCUGUAAAACAUGUAAAUGCAUUUAAUGUGAUCUUCAAUCACAGGUUUUUGCAGAGUAAAGUACAUCCAGGAGGAGAAGUUUA